GCGGCUGGGAUCCCGGGGCGUGAGUGCGCCGCCACUGCCCGAGGUGGGGCGCGGCGCGCGGGGAGCGCAGGGCGCGGCGGAGUCGGGUUUCAGAGCGCGGGCGACUCCGGGCGCGGGCGACUCUGGGCGCGGGCCGGGAUCCUGCCCGCCGCCGCCGAGCGCCGCCUUUGUUCCCUGCAGGAAGGGCGAGCGCGGCGGCUAGCGCUCAGCGCCUCUCGUCCUCCGCCGGGCUCCGCCACUUUGCCCGCCAGCCUCGCGACUCUGGGGCUCCGCAGACACGCGCGAUGGCGCCAAGGUGGGACCUUCUUUCCCGCGCCGCGGCUCCCUUGGACCAGACCGGCCGCCUCACUGUCUCUCCCUCGGCCACUUAUUGCGGGAGAAACGGGCAGUGCUGGCGCGUGCUGUUGCUGCUCUCCAUCUCCGCGCUCCUCUCCGCUGUCACCCAGACACAAGCCUCGACAGAGUUGGCCCCCCGGAGCCAUCUGGACCUCACGGAGCUCAUUGGUGUCCCCCUGCCCUCAUCUGUGUCCUUUGUCACGGGCUACGGUGGCUUUCCCGCCUACAGCUUCGGGCCUGGCGCCAACGUGGGCCGCCCGGCCAGGACCCUCAUCCCACCCACCUUCUUCAGGGACUUCGCGGUCAGCGUCACGGUGAAGCCCAGCAGGCCCAGCGGUGGGGUGCUCUUUGCCAUUACCGAUGCCUUCCAGAAGAUCAUCUACCUUGGCCUGCGGCUCUCAGGCGUGGAGGACGGCCGCCAGAGGGUCAUCUUCUACUACACGGAGCCCGGCUCCCACGUGUCCCAGGAAGCUGCUGCCUUCUCCCUGCCGGUGAUGACCAACAGGUGGAGCCGCUUUGCUGUGAUCGUCCAGGGCGAGGAAGUGACGCUCCUGGUGGACUGCGAGGAGCACAGCCACGUCCUUUUCCGGCGGUCCUCCCGGCCUUUGGCUUUCGAGCCCAGCGCAGGGAUCUUUGUGGGCAACGCAGGCGCCACCGGACUGGAAAGAUUCACCGGCUCCAUCCAGCAGCUCACCAUCCACUCUGACCCCAGGACUCCAGAGGAGCUGUGCGAAGCCCAGGAGUCGUCGGCAUCGGGAGAGGGCAGCGGACUUCAGGACCCAGACACAGUGGCUGAAAUAGUGGAGGCCAUCACCUACACGCAAGCCCCGCCUAAAGAAGCAAAAGUGGACCCCAUAAAUGUACCUCCAACUUCACCCACUCUUUCUGAGGACACAGAGCUUUCUGGUGAACCUGUUCCAGAGGAGACCUCAGAAACCAACUCCAGUGUCAUCCAGCACAGCAACCUGGAACCAGGGUCUGGUGAGAUCCUGAAUGACACCCUGGAUGGACUUCCUCCUGUGGAUGGUGAUCCCAUUCCUGAGACUGGCUCAGGGAGUGGGGCCUUCCCUGUCACUGAAGAAACGGGGUUAGCAGCAACAGCAGUGGGGGAGGCCCAAGAGCCUGUCAGUACUCCCAGAGAAGUGGAGGUCGGCAGUUCACCCACCGGAAUAUCCACCCUGCCUGUGUCCACCCAGAGUCUCGGGGAAGGGGUCACUUCAGGUCUGGAUAAUGAAAGUUUAGCAACAACUGCAACAGGGGAGGCUGAGGUGCCCGUCAGCACUGCUAGGGAAGCAGAGGCUGGCAGCGUGCCCACUGGGGAGCCGGCCUUCUCCACGUUCACCCAGGACUCGGGGGAAGAUGCCACUCUGGGUCCAAAGGAUGAAGGACAUUCAACCACCGCUGCAGCUGCUUCAGAAGUGCCCCUUGGCACUUUUGAGGAGGAGGAAGCCAGUGGUGCCCCCACAGAGGGUCUGGCUACCCUCACACCCACUGUGGCCCCUGGGCAAGUGGUCACUCCUGCACCUGGCAAUGAAGACUGGGCAACAGCCUCCACAGAGGAGCCCCUUGCCGUGACUGGGGGUGAGGGAUCCAGCAGUGCUCCCCCUGAUGGGCUGCCGCUCCCGGUCCCCACGACGACGGCUCCCGAGAGAGAAGUCACUCCGGCUGAACGAGUGCAUGUGGGAGUAGAAGGACAGGCAAGGCCCAAAGGAGAAAAGGUGGGAGCGGAGGCUGAGGGCUCCGGCCUAGGCUGGGGCCUGGAUGUCGGUUCUGGCUCCGGGGACCUCAUGGGCAGUGAGGAGCUAUUAAGAGGUCCUCCAGGCCCCCCAGGCCCCCCAGGCCCACCGGGGAUUCCAGGAAAACCAGGAACUGAUGUAUUUAAUGGACCCCCUGGUUCUCCUGGAGAGGAUGGAGCUGCUGGUGAACCUGGGCCCCCAGGUCCUGAGGGACAGCCUGGACCCGAUGGAACCUCCGGUCUUCCAGGGAUGAAAGGGGAGAAGGGUGCAAGAGGGCCUAACGGCUCAGUUGGUGAAAAGGGUGACCCCGGCAGCAGAGGUUUACCAGGGCCCCCUGGGAAAAAUGGACAAGUGGGCACCCCUGGAGUCAUGGGACCUCCAGGGCCUCCUGGCCCUCCUGGACCCCCAGGCCCUGGAUGUACAACAGGACUUGGAUUUGAGGAUACUGAAGGCUCAGGAAGUAUCCAGCUGUUGAGUGAGCCGAGACUCUCCAGGCCAACUGCUUCAAGUGGUCCCAAAGGGGAAAAAGGAGACCAGGGACCCAAGGGUGAAAGAGGGAUGGAUGGAGCCAGCACUGUGGGACCCCCUGGGCCCCGGGGGCCACCUGGGCGUAUCGAGGUCCUGUCAAGUUCUUUGAUCAAUAUCACCCAUGGAUCCAUGAAUUUAUCGGACAUUCCUGAGCUCAUGGGGCCUCCGGGACCGGAUGGUUUGCCUGGGCUGCCUGGAUUUCCAGGCCCUAGAGGACCAAAAGGUGACACUGGUGUGCCUGGAUUUCCGGGACUAAAAGGAGAGCAGGGCGAGAAGGGAGAGCCUGGUGCCAUCCUGACAGGGGAUAUUCCUCUGGAAAGGCUGAAGGGAAAAAAGGGUGAACCUGGAAUGCACGGGACUCCAGGACCCAUGGGACCCAAAGGACCACCAGGACACAAAGGAGAAUUUGGCCUCCCAGGACGACCGGGUCGCCCAGGACUGAACGGCCUCAAGGGAGCCAAGGGAGAUCGAGGGAUCAUGAUGCCGGGCCCACCUGGUCUACCUGGUCCUCCAGGACCCCCUGGACCCCCUGGAGCUGUGGUGAACAUCAAAGGGGCCGUCUUCCCGGUACCUGCCCGACCACACUGCAAAACACCGGUUGGUACCACUCAUCCUGGGGAUUCAGAGCUCAUCACCUUCCAUGGUGUUAAAGGAGAGAAAGGAUCCUGGGGUCUUCCUGGCUCAAAAGGAGAAAAAGGUGACCAAGGAGCCCAAGGACCACCAGGUCCUCCAGUUGAUCCAACUUACCUGAGACAUUUUCUGAAUAGCUUGAAGGGGGAGAAUGGAGACAGGGGAUUCAAAGGAGAAAAAGGAGACUCCGAUGGCAACUUUUUUGUGUCUGGGCCUCCAGGACUGCCAGGAUACCCAGGCCUGGUUGGACAGAAAGGGGAGACUGUCGUUGGACCCCAGGGACCCCCAGGAGUUCCUGGACUGCCUGGGCCCCCUGGCUUUGGAAGACCUGGUGCUCCUGGGCCACCAGGACCCCCGGGGCCCCCAGGACCUCCGGCGAUCCUGGGCGCAGCCGUGGCUCUUCCGGGUCCACCCGGCCCUCCAGGACAGCCAGGGCUUCCAGGAUCCAGAAACUUGGUCACUGCGUUCAGCAAUAUGAACGACAUGCUACAGAAAGCACAUUUGGUCAUAGAAGGGACGUUCAUCUAUCUGAGGGACAGCGCUGAGUUUUUCAUUCGCGUUCGAGAUGGCUGGAAAAAAUUACAGCUGGGAGAACUGAUCCCCAUUCCUGCCGACAGCCCUCCACCCCCAGCACUUUCCAGCAACCCAUAUCAGCACCAGCCUCCACUGAACCCUAUUUUAAGUGCCAAUUAUGAGAAUCCUGCUCUACAUUUGGUUGCUCUGAACACACCAUUUUCUGGGGACAUUCGGGCUGAUUUUCAGUGCUUCCAGCAGGCCAGAGCUGCAGGACUGUUGUCCACCUUCCGAGCAUUCUUAUCUUCCCACUUGCAAGAUCUCUCCACAAUUGUAAGGAAAGCAGAGAGAUACAACCUUCCAAUAGUGAACCUCAAGGGCCAAGUACUUUUUAAUAAUUGGGACUCGAUAUUUUCUGGCCAAGGAGGUCAGUUCAAUACACAUAUUCCAAUAUACUCCUUUGAUGGUCGGGAUGUGAUGACAGAUCCGUCUUGGCCCCAGAAGGUCGUUUGGCAUGGCUCCAACACCCAUGGCGUCCGUCUUGUGGAUAAAUACUGUGAAGCAUGGCGAACUUCAGACAUGACAGUCACAGGAUUCGCCUCCCCACUGAGCACUGGGAAGAUUCUGGACCAGCAAGCAUAUAGCUGUGCUAAUAGGCUCAUCGUUUUGUGUAUCGAAAACAGUUUCUUGACAGACGCUAGGAAGUAGUGACCUUUUGAUGAUUGUUAAAGAGUUUUCCAAUUUUUCUUAUGUGAAGAGUUGACACUGAAAUCUAAAAUGUUCAAACGUUGUAAAUAUUACAGUUUUUAAAAUUUACACAUUUGUUCACAAACAACCAAAGAAAACAUACCUCAAUACACUCAAAACUGAAGACAGAAAGGACUCAGAUCAAAGACCAAAUCUGAUCCAUUUAUUGGUGCUAGAUUCUGCAGUGAACUUCGUGCAGUGUAAACAUAUUCCAACACAGGUUAAGAGCAAGUUGAAAGCCAGAGGCUAGGCCUUUUGCCCACUGUGACCUUCAGGAAAUUAUGUCCUCUUUUAACCAUGGUUGUUGAGUGUAAGAUGUCCUUCAUGUUUUCUUGCAAAGUUAGUGUUUAGAAAUGUUACCCCUUUCUAAGUUAUGUGCAAACUGAAUGCUUUAUUAUUUCAUGUACACCCAUCAUUUGCAACUGCUGUUCAUACCAAGAAACAGAACUGCUCAAAUACUCCUAUUAGUCUUUCUUAUAGUAUCAAACUUUAAUGGACUUUUCCCCCUAUAAUAUUAUUGCCAUCGUGCUGUGGAAGUUUCACAUUGUCACCCAAUCAUGUUUUAGUAUGGCAUCUGUUUAUAUAACUCUGAGUUGCUGGAAAAGUUGAAGCUCUAAAUUAUCUGAAACUAGAAAAGAAAUAGCACAAAAUUACUACCUUUCCCUUGGUGGCCUUCCUCCCCAUCCCCCACCGCUGGUUUUAUGACUUCCAUUUGGCAGUUCUUGAAUUAUAACUACAACUGAAACAAACAGGUUCAUAGAGAUGAAUUUUCUGAGCGACGUACAUCUUCAUGCUGUAUACUUUGAUUUUUUUCCAUGUAAGUGAACAUAAAAACAUCUUUUCCAGGCA